CAAGCUAGAAACCUCAGUCUUAUCGCCUCGACUUUUGUGACACUGACUUCGCCUUCAUAAUGGUUAUAAUCUCAACUUAGAAAAUUGAAAGGCUCCGAUUAUUUAAAAUAUAAUAGAAUUUAUUAUUAUAUAAAAAUAGAAUAAGUUAUAUAUAACGUCUUUUAUAACUUAUAGGGAACAUAUAGAUCACGAUUCAAUCUGACGUCAAGGAAAUCGGAGACAGUGUUGAUGAUCAGCGUCAGAAUCUCAGUAAUGGCGGACGAGAAACUUUACACGAUAAGAAACACCAAUAUAUUUUAAGCUUGUACCGUGUAAUAAUAGUGUUAACUUGAAUGAAAAAGCAUCACAUGACUACGCUCUCUAUUCGUGCAAUUACAGGGUACCAUGAUGAGUAUGCCCGAAGGACUGUUGAAGUUACGGUGGAACAACCAUCAGGCAACAUUUUGCCACAUAUUACAUAGACUCCGUUCAAAGCCCCGGUAUGCAGAUGCCACACUGGCUUGUGAAGGUCGGUUGUUUAUGGUCCAUAGACUGGUCUUAGCAACCUGCAGUGACUUCUUUGAUGAGAUUUUUCAGCAGACUCCAUGUGACAGCACUCGUGCUGUAAUAGUUUUGAAUGAAGCUCGGGCCCAGGAUAUUGAGUGCUUGUUAGACUACAUGUAUUGUGGUCAAGUCAAUGUACGACAGGCAAAUUUGGCAUCCUUGUUGAAAACAGCAGAAUGUCUCAAAAUAAAGGGUUUAGCUGUCCCAGAAGCAGCAGUGAACUCACCACCAUGUGUGAAGCGACAACAGGACUUUUCUACCCAUGAAAGCACACCAGUGAAAAAGAAGAGGAAGAAGAAGACUUCUGUAAGAAAUUCUCCUAUUCCAAGUGGAAAUGAAUUUCAUUCUGAAUCCUUACCAGUAUCAAUUGCAGCACCACAACAGGAUUUUCCUACAAUAUCAAUCCCAGAUACAAACCCUUCUCUUACAAAUCUAGCUCUUACUCCUUCAAUUCCCUUGACGGUACCUUUGAAAGUAACCGUACCCACAUCGGACGGGGAGAAAGCUAGCCAAAAAUCAGGUUGGCUCCAGAUUGUUUCUUCGAUGCGGCAUGGAAAUGAGACGGCGCAAGUGAAUUCUCAAGCAAAUGAGUCCUUUUCAUCAAGGAAGUCUAAGCCUUCGCCACGUAGUGCAGCUUUGGAUGUCCUUGCCAGCAAUUUUCUCCAG